CUCCAUGGCUCUGACCAAAUAGUCCAGAAUGCUGGCUUUUUUGACUUCCCAACUCUAAUUUUUCCACGCACCCUUUUUCUUGUUCCUAUUCGACGUCUGUCGCAAUCCCUUCCCGACUUUUGCUUCACACGCAGCCUCUGCAAUUGCACACGCCGUCAUCCUACACCAGCCAAUUGUCCCCUUUGGUACCCCUCCAUCGCAUUCCUCCAUCCACUAUCCAGGCAUUGCCACGAGCUGCAUAUUGACCGCUGCACCGUAUACACACCCCUGAUCCACCACACCUAUAAAUUAACCCAUUCCCUCUGCUUCGCCAUGGCAGCCGCCUCCGAUCCCACCGCCACCAUGCCCGCAAUUCACGAGCAAAAUACCGUCAGUGACGAUGUGCGCGUUCUCGGUUAUGACCCAUUGAUUCCCCCGGCCCUGCUCUCCGCCGAAAUCCCAAUCACCAAAAAAUCCGAACAAACCGUCCUACAAGGCCGCAAAGAAGCCGUCCAGAUCAUUUCCCAAAAAGAUGACCGUCUCCUCGUCAUGGUCGGGCCUUGCUCUAUCCACGACCCGGCCAUGGCCCUCGAGUACUGCCAGCGCCUCAAAGCCCUCGCCGACAAGCUCAGCAAGGACAUACAAAUCAUCAUGCGUGCCUACUUGGAAAAGCCCCGGACCACGGUCGGCUGGAAGGGUCUGAUCAACGACCCGGACAUUGACGAGAGCUUCCAAAUCAACAAGGGCCUCCGCGUCUCACGCAAGCUCUUCUGCGACCUCACUGCCCAGGGCAUGCCCAUCGCCUCGGAAAUGCUCGACACCAUCUCGCCGCAGUUCCUUGCCGACCUCAUCUCGCUCGGUGCCAUUGGCGCCCGCACCACAGAGUCGCAGCUACACCGCGAGCUGGCCUCGGGUCUGUCGUUCCCCAUUGGAUUCAAAAACGGCACGGAUGGCGGCCUGACGGUCGCCGUGGACGCGAUUGGCGCUGCCGCCGCGAAGCACCACUUCAUGGGUGUCACCAAGCAAGGUCUGGCCGCCAUUACGCGGACAGCCGGCAACGAGAACUGCUUUGUGAUUCUGCGCGGCGGAACCAAGGGCACCAACUUCGACGCCGACAGCAUCAAAGCCGCGCGCGAGGCUUUGCGCAAGAAGGGCCAGGCCGAAGUCAUGAUGGUGGACUGCUCUCACGGAAACUCCAACAAGGACCACCGCAACCAGCCCAAGGUCGCCUCCGUCAUCGCCGACCAGAUCCGCGCCGGCGAAACCGGCAUCGUCGGCGUCAUGAUCGAGUCCAACAUCAACGAGGGCAACCAAAAGGUGCCUGCCGAAGGCCCCUCGGCUCUCAAGAAGGGCGUCUCCAUCACCGACGCCUGCAUAGAUUGGGAGUCCACUGUCGCCGUGCUGGAGAAUCUCGCGUCUGCCGUUGCCGAGCGUAGGGAGAAGAGAAGCAAGUCCGCCAACGGAACAAACUAG